GCACACACACACACUCCGGAGUCACGGCGAUCAGCUGUGACAACAUGGCGGGCGCGCUGUUUAUCGCACGGUCGAUUUAAAUUAAGACACCGGGGAUCCAGAAACGGUGCCGCGGCAGUUAUUUGCAUACGCUGGCGGCGCGUGAACGACACUGGCCCGUAUUAGUCCGGACUCUUAACAGCCCGCGAGUGCGUGUCCUCGCCCAGCCGUUUUGUCACUUGACGUUGGACCGUGAGUGAAACUGCGCCACUGAUGAAUAAUAGAGGACAUUGCGACACGUGCGUUUUCCGCCACGUUGCAUCAUACCCGAUGAAGAAGUAUCGAAACCGCUCACUGUUGAUUUUACCCUCAUUGCAGUUCAAGAGGGACCACCGGAUCAACCCGGAAGUUCCGUGAAAACGGCUUAGGAACACUUUUACUCGUGUGCUUAAUUUGCGCCGCAUUCAAAGCUAAAUUCGGAGACGUUCUCUUAGACGCGAACGCGUUUCGAGCGGAGGGAUGUGCGUUUGAAAAAGAUUGCGAAUUGCGCUUCUGCGUGCGCGAACGUUUCCGCGUAGACGAGGAAAACGAAGCUGAGACUGAUACAAUUCGAACUCAAUCAUGGACUGUUCGAUGAUCGACGAUUAAAACACUUAGUUUAGUCGGGUCGCUUUACGAAAAACGUAUUGCCGUAAUAGUGUCGUUUCAGCAUCGUGUAAUCGCGAGCGCUCGGUACAUAAAACACCGCCAACGAGACGAGAUAGCUGCCUUAAAUUUUCAAGAUAAGUGACAGUUUGAAUGACGUAAAAAACAAGGGCACUUUAUCACUAUACUCCUACGAGUUGCACAUUACGCGUUUGCACCUAGCGUGUCUAUAAAAUCUCCUCUGCGAGGUCUCCUAGUCAGUUUUUCCAAGAUCACGCGACAGAGACCUAAAGACCAGCGCCAAAAAACGAGAACUGCGAUUUGUAAAGUAUCCGAGAAAUUAGACUUUUACAUUUCGAACGGAGCUGCGAGGUUUCAUCGAUUGUACAGUCGUGCGAACGGCUCGGGCGUGCGUAUAAUAAAAAUUAACAAGAGGCAGGACCCGAGGGGUUGCGUCGCGAUCAGAAUGAUAAACAAUCAGCAUUGUGUGAUCCUUAACACUGGCGAGACCAACAAUUAUCAUCAACCGGUCUCGGCCAAGCCCUCGGUUGUCUCGGUGUCGAGUAUCGACUCCGAUGUCAGCGAUAGGCGGGAUGUACGCGAAGAACUGUACGCCGGGAUCUUUAGGAGGCACAGAAAAACUAUACUGGUAUUAGGCAGUUUUCUCAAGAUGUUAAGGAAAUAUUUGGACAGAUUGCAUGCUCUGAGCCGGAUAUACGCCUUAAUUGCUUUAAGAUUCGAAACGCACCAAAAGUUUUGGUAAAGUCGCUACAUUUUUUCUGCAUUUCGCUAUGCAUUAUGCAAUUGCAUUUUGAAAUUUUUCUCGUCUUAAAUAUGCGUCGUCUCACAUGUCCCAUGUUAAAAUGUGACGUUUGCGGUUUUCCUUUUGUGUUUUAUGGACACUUAAAACUAAUGCUCUUCACACUUUUGCAAUGUACUGAUUGUGAGAGAGAUUUCUUUUUUAGAAUCUAAGAGACACUUCUGUUGAAAAUAUGAGAACCGCUAAUGUUGUCGAUAAAAAUCCGAAAUGACCCGUCAAAUCGGCCAGCACCUUAAUGUAUACUGAAAUUACUGUCUGUGUUAUUGUUGACGAGCUUAUAUAUUUAUUAGAGAUACAUAACUGAGGGCAUAUGUAACAGUAUAAGAUUUGUAUAAUACAUAUGGACUAAUACGAAUAUCAAAUCAAUGCCUUAUCACUUGAAACGUUAAGGUAUUGUCUAAGUUUACCGGUCGAUCGUCGAUCGAUCAUCAACAUUCGUCAACUUGAUUGCUCUUUAUUGUCCUAUAUUCGAACAUUUUUGUACAAUUUGCGUCUUUGUGUACAUCAGAUACUGCCAUUAGAGAAUAAAACGAUAAGGUAGACGCGAAUUAGCGAGAGCAACUUGGAAAACAAUCGUGCGUUCAACACUUUUCUAAGGCAUACCUAAACGACAGGUUUUUUAAAUGAGUUUCUAUUUAAUAAGGCAAACAUGUCUCUGUACUUAUUGUUAGCCGAACCACUCGCUGUCGUAAGACUGAAACAUGUGCUCUUUUGGAACAUUAAACGUGCCAUACUAUCUUAGAAAAAAAAAAGAAGGUUCGAGAAGAAGGAUGAAAGGGAGGAAAAGGGGUAAACAACUUCUACUUAUGGAUUUCUGAAUUGUUCUGAGCGUACAUGAUACGGAGCAUAUCUACGCGUAAUGGCAACGCAAUUAUAUUUUGUACCUAGGUCAGGAGUGCAAUCUAAUCGGCAAAAAAUUGUUUUGCUUUCGAAAUAAACGAUCGGAAGUAAGUCGACUGCGGAUAUGUGCGAUCAGAGGAUCAGUAGGAAUGUAAAAUUAUUCGAGCAAUUGCAGUUAAGUAUGCGUACGUGUGUGUAUGUGUGCGUGCGUGCGUGCGUGCGUGCGUGAGCGAGCGUGUAUGGAAAUUCUUAUUAUACGUACGAUAAUAGCGUUAGAGAUAUUCUCUUCGGAGCUACCGAGAUAUACCUGGAAUCUGUAUCUUAUGGUAUAAUAGUUUCCACGAGUCGAGAAGGGGGGGAAAAAAGGAAGGAAACAUUCGCGUCCCUUACGCGCAGCUGCUUGCGACCAAUUUUUAAGUAGGGCAAAAAUUUGUAUGUUAGUAGCUUCGUCGUGUAUUCGUUUGCAUAUAUUUAAAUAUUGUGCAACGUAAACAUCCACACGUAAUCACGAAACGCGAUUCUUCAUUGAGCGACGACGGGAGGAAGGGCUAUACUUUGCAUUCGAUUGAUCAAGAUUCUAUGCAAUUUUUGUAACGAGCAACUAUGUCCUAAAUACGUUGUUGUAUUGGGUGAGAAAGGAAAUUUGUAUUAUCACUUUGUAUAACGUAUCAUUAGAACGUAUGUGAGACACACUGAAUAAAGCAUUCAUAUUAUGUUUAAUAAA